AUGAAAGGAAUAGACCUCGCAGUAACCUCUCAUGAACUGAACGUCGACCCGACGUACAAGCCUAUCCGACAAAAAAGACGGAAGCUCGGUCCCGAACGAUCUAAAGCUGUGAACGAGGAGGUUGACAGACUGCUCAACGCAGGCUUCAGUACCGAGGUACGGUAUCCGGAGUGCCUGGCCAAUCCAGUCAUGGUGAAAAAGAAGAACGGAAAAUGGCACAUUUGCGUCGACUUUACUGAUCUAAACAAAGCCUGUCCCAAGGACAGCUACCCGCUCCCCCACAUCGAUCGUUUUGUAGAAUCGACGGUCGGUAACAAACUCCUAACCUUUAUGGACUCUUUCUCGGGGUACAAUAAAAUCCUGAUGCACCCAGACGACCGUGAGAAGACAGCCUUCAUAACGGAUAGGGGAACAUACUGCUACAAAGUCAUGCCCUUCGGUCUAAAGAACGCAGGGGCAACCUACCAGCGCCUGGUCAACCGAAUGUUCACCGAUAAACUCAGCGACACCAUGGAAGUCUACAUCGACGACAUGUUAGUCAAGUCACUUCACGCCUAG